AAGAUGGAAAUAUAAUUAAUUAUAUAUACUUGAGAAAAGAGAAUCCAAAGCCCUCUUUCGGGUGUUUGGGUCUCUCUGUCUCCCUCCCUCUCCCCUUCGUCUCUGGGCGUGGACCAGGGGAGACGAAUAAGAAGAAGACGAGCCCUCGCCAUUUAUAGCCCAGCUUUUCGAUUUUUCUAUCUUUUCCGUGUCUUUUUCUAGCUUUGGAAAUCUCGAAUUCUGCUGUUAUUUCUGAGCGAUUUCUUGGUUUCGAUCGAUCAUAGGCCAUGGAUGAGAGAAUCCCGCCGGGUACUUACUUCCAGUACUCCUCUUCGGGAGUCCAUUCGUCUCCCCACCAUUCCAUGAGGUCUCCUGCGUCUUCUGAUAGGGAAAGAUAUUUAGCUGAACUGCUGGCUGAGAGGCAGAAAUUGGUACCAUUUGUACAAGUACUGCCAUUUUGCUGCAGGCUUUUAAAUCAAGAAAUUGUUCGGGCAUCUGGUUUGGCACCUAACCAAAGUUUUGUUGACCCUGAGAGAAUUGAACAUGGCAGUCCAUUAAGGCUGACCAGCCAUCCUUCAAAUGGUGGACCAAUGGAUUUGGAGGGCUGGCCAGGAAUGCAGACAGAGGAUAAUGGGUAUUUCCAAAGAAUGGGGCCCCUUCAAGCAUCACCUGUUGGUUGGAAUGGAGCUCCUGGUGUUCCUACAAGCCCAGUAGUAAAGAAAGUCGUGAGAUUAGAUGUUCCUGUUGACAAAUUUCCUAAUUACAAUUUUGUUGGCCGUUUGCUGGGACCACGAGGAAACUCCUUGAAAAGAGUUGAAGCUUCAACUCAGUGUAGGGUUUAUAUACGUGGGCGGGGUUCAGUGAAAGAUUCAGUAAAGGAAGAAAAACUAAGAGAUAAACCUGGAUAUGAGCACUUAAAUGAGCCAUUACAUGUUCUUGUGGAGGCUGAGUUUCCAGCAGAUAUAAUUGAUGCACGAUUGAAUCAAGCGGUGGCAGUAUUGGAAGAUCUUUUGAAACCAGUGGAUGAAUCUAUGGACUACUACAAGAAGCAACAGUUAAGGGAAUUGGCCAUACUGAAUGGUACCUUAAGAGAAGAGAGCCCUCAUAUGAGCCCCAGUGCAUCCCCUUUCAACAGCACAGCAAUGAAACGAGCAAAAACAGGACGUUGAUUCAAGAUUUUGGUGGUGGAUAUAAUUCAAACAUAGCACAUAUAGUUGGGUUCCAUUGCCUUAUGGGUGAUUUAAGAUUUUGGUGAUGGAUAUAAUUCAAACUUAACAACUGCCGGUUGGGUUUUGUUUCCUUUGGGGAGAGUGCUAUUUUCAGAUGCUCAUGGCCUGCUAAUUCUCGACAAUGGAAUCAUUAGAAGGGCCCUGGACCCUUUAAGAUGUUUUCUCCUCGGCGAUAGAUCGAGUUGGUUAUAUCCUUUGAUACAAGUAUGUCUACGUUACUGUUCCUUAUUGGUUUAUUCGUGGUCAUUGCUAUGAAAUGUCUGUAAUAUUCUUUAUGUCCUUUUUUACAAACUUUAGUGGUGACAUUAUAAGUGUGGAUAACUUCAUUAUGUGCACCCGCGAUAGAAUUUUAAGCAAUAAACUGUUGUUGUUAGUAUCUGAGUUUUGUAUCCACAGCACUUUUAAUUUAUGACAGAUCAAAUACCAUUAUUUUUAA